UUUGGAAUUUAGCCAAGGUGGGUAUGACAAGGCAACUGACAGGAAGUGGCGGAUGAGUUUCGUCCACACCUUUUCCGGUUUUUCAUUCGGUGCUUGAGAGGCGGCUGCCUGCUGGGGCGAACGUAGGACCAAAGCCUAUUAUAGAAUGAGGGACGGCGGGAGGAAUUCACACACAGGACGUUUGAAAUCGAUGCACAUCGACUUAGGGAGACCCCGAUGACAGCUGUUGUGGCAGGAAGAAAAAAAUUCAAGCUUCUCCGACUGGCCUUUGAAAUCUUUCCCUACCUCUAUCUGAGAAAAGAAGCCCUGAGCCGCGCGUUCACACGCUAAGAGGAAGUACAAGAAGCAAAGCGAAGGCUGCUUGAGGCCUCAGUCGGGUUUCUGACAGCUCCAAUGCCAUGUCUAAGGCUGCUUUAACGUCUUAAUUAUCUUAAACUUGAGGAUUACUGGGCGUUUCAGCUCUUACAGGUGUCGCAACAGAAGACGGUUCGUUCCUAAUUUGAGAACAGUGUUGCUGAAACGCUUCACUUUAUCCAAGGAGAUCAGAUUAGAAGCGCACCUUACUGCUGCUAUUUGAUCAUUAUGAACUCUGUGACAGAUUUACAUCCUUUCAUUCGCUAGUUCACACCCUGCUUCUGCAUUUCCGUUUCUUUUCUUUAUAAACUUUAUAAACUGCUCCUCUGGGAGUUGACUGCUGAUAGUUCAUGUUGAUUGACCAACUGGCAUUCUCACAAAGUAACUGGUCCUACUUGACAAAGUAUUCCCAGCAGCUGUUCUCUUACACUUUUAGGUAACAUUGCCUGUUGAACAGGUUUAUACAUUUUUUUUUUUGUUAGGGUGAAGGAACUAUUUAUGAACUAUUUAAAAGAUGGGGAAGAUGCUGUCAAAGAUAUUUGGUAACAAGGAGAUGAGGAUAUUGAUGUUGGGCCUUGACGCAGCAGGUAAAACCACCAUCCUUUACAAACUGAAACUGGGCCAAUCGGUGACUACGAUUCCUACGGUGGGCUUCAACGUGGAGACGGUGACCUACAAGAAUGUCAAGUUCAACGUGUGGGAUGUGGGAGGCCAGGACAAGAUCCGCCCACUGUGGCGCCACUACUACACAGGCACGCAAGGCUUAAUCUUUGUGGUGGAUUGCGCAGACAGGGAUCGCAUAGACGAGGCUCGGCAGGAGCUGCACCGCAUCAUCAACGACCGCGAGAUGCGGGACGCGAUUAUCCUGAUUUUCGCCAACAAGCAGGAUCUGCCUGAUGCCAUGAAGCCACAUGAGAUCCAGGAGAAGCUUGGACUCACGCGCAUCAGAGACCGCAACUGGUACGUGCAGCCUUCGUGCGCCACCACAGGUGACGGACUGUAUGAAGGCUUGACGUGGCUCACCUCUAAUUACAAAUCUUAAUGACCGCUUGCUUUGGCCUGGACUAUUUUAGUUAAGAAGGAGAAGAAAAAAAUUCCAAGGAAUAAACUUAACAACAGUUAUUUCAUUAUGCUCAAAAAGUUUGAAUUAUAUAUUCAUUUAUUUUUCUGAUUGUUGAAAUGACCCCUUAACUAAUAAUUUAUAGCUUUGGAUGAGAUUGGGUUUGCUUGCUUUGUAGCUUUCUAUAUUUUGUGGCCUGUGGGUCACCUCCCUCAAUUAACUGUUGCGUAAAGCAUUUCUGAGUUGUCUUUUUUUUUCUUCUUCUUUUUCUAAUGCAGAUUCUAUAUUUUUUUUCUAAAUCAUGUAGGGCUUUCUAUCUCUGAUUCAUUCUUUCUUUUUGAUUUAAUUUUUGGUUAAAGCUUGUUCUUUUUGACCCCUUCUGUCUGUUGUCUGUGUUUUUGGAGUCUGUGUGAAAAAAAAUAAUAAUGAAGGUCUGUUUCCUGCAAAUAGUCCAUGGUUGUGGUGUAAAGACAGCUUAUUAAUAAGCAAGAUGUUUCAGACCAUCUGUAGGACAGUUUUACUGACAAAGUUGUAACAAGCUUAAUAGCCGAUUGUUUAAGCGGUUAAACUUUACCAUUGUCAUGAUGUCACUGGCAUCACAAGAUUAGUUAAACUGUAAAUGACCCCAUGGAACAUUUAUUAUAUGCAAGUCUCUGAUAUUUACUCUGGAAGGAGCAUAUGACGGUCAUAAACUGUUUAAAAAAGAAGAAUAAAAAAGAAAAUCCACAUCACAUUGUCACAUGGUUCAAAUUUGAGCCCUGGGGUUUCUUUACUAUCAUGUAGCCCAAAAGUCAAGUAAAGUAGCUGAAUACUAUUUUUUUGGUAACCCAUUAAGUCCUUUUUGUACGGCUUCGGCUAAUUUCAGUCUACCAGAAUGUCACUUGAAGUCAUAUGUCUUCAGAAUGUGGGGUUGUUGCCUACAUUUCCACUGUUACUGCUUGCAUCAGAGUGAACUGAACUAAAUGGGGAAUCUUUGACAUGACUCAUUUUCUCUCAUUGCUUUACUCAUUUCAAAAACCAUUGUACAGAGACUAAUUGUAAUUGUAACAUCCAAUUAAACUUAGACAUUUUAAAGA